AUGAAAACCUCAAAUCCUCUCCUUCAGCCUCCACACAAACAAACCCCCCACCCUCUUCCUUUUCCAUUUCUGUCUCUCUCGACUCAGAUUUACUCCCAACCCAUACAUACACAACUGCUCCUCCUUUUCUCCCAAUCCCAAUUUCCCCCCCUUUUCCAGAAAGUAAUUCGAAUAAUGUCCUCCGAAAUGCAGACGAAUAGUGGCGAUUCAGAGCCUCAACAGAGUACUUCCCCCAAAGAGAACAAUGGCAACGGCAACGGCAGCAAUGACGGCGGCAACAGCGCCGGAAACAACAAGCCCCUGGCGGCUCUGCCGCCGCAGGUGGUCGCGGCGGUUCCCGGCCAGCCGUGGGUGGCGAUGCAGUACCCUGCGGCGACCAUGGUAAUGCCGCACGGGAUGAUGCCGCCGCCGCCCGCGCACUACAUACCCUCGCAUUACUUGCCUUACCACCACCACCCGCCGCUCGUUGCGCCGCUUCCUCCGCCGCCGCCGCAGGGAGGGGGGUCUAGCGGGGAGAACCGCACGAUCUGGGUUGGCGACCUCUGUGGCUGGAUGGAUGAGGAUUAUCUCCGUAAUUGCUUUGCUUCGACUGGAGAGGUUUACUCCAUAAAGGUGAUCCGCAACAAGCAGACGGGUAUCCCUGAGGGGUAUGGGUUUGUGGAGUUCUUGUCCCACUCGGCAGCCGAGAAGGUCCUCCAGACCUACUCUGGCCUGGCCAUGCCAAACACAGAUCAACUCUUCCGCCUCAACUGGGCUGCCUUCAGCGCUGGCGACAAGCGCUCGAACAACACCACCAACAACGCCACCAACGAUUCAGAUCUGUCCAUCUUUGUCGGUGACCUGGCGGCCGAAGUCACGGAUGCCCUUCUCCAUGAGACCUUUGCUAGCAAGUACCCCUCUGUCAAGGCUGCCAAGGUUGUGAUUGAUGCCAGCACGGGCCGCUCAAAGGGUUACGGUUUUGUGAGGUUUGGAGAUGACGCCGAGAGGACACAGGCUAUGACCGAGAUGAAUGGGGUUUACUGUGCGUCGAGGAAGAUGCGCAUUGGGGCUGCCACUCCCAGGAAGUCGUCUGGCUACCAACAACACUACUCGCCGCAAGGUGGAUACUCAAAUGGUUUCUCGGCCCAGGGUUCUCAGUCUGAUGGAGAUUCUGUGAAUGCAACAAUUUUUGUUGGGGGACUUGACCCUAACGUUACUGAUGAGGAUCUGAGGCAGCCAUUUUCGCAGUAUGGCGAAAUAGUGUCAGUCAAAAUACCAGCUGGAAAAGGAUGUGGUUUUGUUCAAUUUGCAAACAGAAUUGAUGCUGAAGAGGCCUUGCAGCAGUUAAGUGGUACAACAAUAGGGAAGCAAACUGUCCGUCUAUCUUGGGGACGUGAGAAAUGGAGAGCUGAUUUUGGACACCAAUGGACGGGCCCCUUCUAUGGCCCGCCUUUCUUUGACGGCUAUGGAUAUACAGUGCCACCUCCCCAUGACCCAAGUUUGUAUACAGCGGCAUACGGCCCAUACCCUAUAUACGGGACACACCAACAGCAAGUAAGCUGAAUGCACAAGAAAACCAAAAGAAAAUUAAACUGGAGUUAGCAUCACAUGCUUCCACUAAUUGAAUGUUGUGUGCUUGGUGUGUAUAAAUACUGUAAUGAUCUGUGGCCUGAAUUGUGGGGGCGGAAAUGAAUUUUGACCUUAAAAUUAGGCAAAGGUAGUUCUCUGUCCUUAGGACAUUACAUCCAGUGAACAUUUGUUUAGACGUUUGAGAGUGCACGCGUCGCGCAACUUCUUGGAUUGGAAUAAACGAUUUACCAAAGGGUAUUAAUUACACGAUUGAUGUGUUUUUAUUGUUUUUGAUUAUGAUGUCUAAUGGUUUGGAUUU